CGGUCCGCUCCGCGCGUGCGCAGGGCUGCCGGCGGCUCGGGUUGCAGGCGCGCGGGCGAGAGCGCCUGUCAGCCGCUGGGUCGGUCCUCCCGCUGGCCCUCCCUCUCCCCGGCCUUUGGGGCAGGCGCGGUGGAGCCCGCCCCCCGGGUCCCCCGAUGGGGGAGAAGCGGCGACGGCGGCAGCGAAGUGAGCGAGCCGGAGCGUGAGCGGCCCUGCGGCGGCAAUGGGCGACCCAGCCCCCGCCCGCAGCCUGGACGACAUCGACCUGUCGGCCCUGCGGGACCCUGCAGGAAUCUUUGAGCUGGUGGAGGUGGUUGGCAAUGGAACCUAUGGACAGGUGUACAAGGGUCGGCAUGUCAAGACUGGGCAGCUGGCUGCCAUUAAGGUCAUGGAUGUCACAGAGGAUGAGGAGGAAGAGAUCAAACAGGAAAUCAACAUGUUAAAGAAGUACUCUCACCAUCGUAAUAUCGCCACCUACUAUGGGGCCUUUAUCAAGAAGAGCCCUCCUGGGAACGAUGACCAGCUCUGGCUGGUGAUGGAGUUCUGUGGUGCUGGCUCGGUGACUGACCUGGUAAAGAACACGAAAGGGAAUGCACUGAAGGAGGAUUGCAUUGCCUACAUCUGCAGGGAGAUUCUCAGGGGUCUCGCCCAUCUCCAUGCCCACAAGGUGAUCCACCGAGACAUCAAGGGACAGAAUGUGCUGCUGACAGAGAAUGCUGAAGUCAAGCUAGUGGAUUUUGGGGUGAGUGCUCAGCUGGACCGCACUGUGGGCAGGCGGAACACUUUCAUUGGGACCCCAUACUGGAUGGCCCCAGAAGUCAUUGCCUGCGAUGAGAACCCUGACGCCACCUACGACUACAGGAGUGACAUUUGGUCUCUAGGAAUCACAGCCAUUGAAAUGGCAGAGGGAGCCCCCCCUCUGUGUGACAUGCACCCCAUGCGGGCUCUCUUCCUCAUCCCUCGGAACCCUCCCCCAAGACUCAAGUCAAAGAAAUGGUCUAAGAAGUUCACUGACUUCAUUGAUACGUGUCUCAUCAAGACUUACUUGAGCCGCCCACCAACUGAACAGUUACUCAAGUUUCCCUUCAUCCGAGACCAGCCCACAGAGCGGCAGGUCCGCAUCCAGCUCAAGGACCACAUUGACCGCUCCCGGAAGAAGCGGGGUGAGAAAGAGGAGACGGAAUAUGAGUACAGUGGCAGUGAAGAGGAGGAUGACAGCCAUGGAGAAGAAGGCGAGCCGAGCUCCAUCAUGAAUGUGCCUGGGGAGUCCACACUCCGCCGAGAAUUCCUCCGACUCCAGCAGGAGAAUAAGAGCAACUCUGAGGCUUUAAAGCAGCAGCAGCAGCAACAGUUGCAGCAGCAGCAGCAGCAACGAGACCCUGAGGCACACAUCAAACACCUGCUGCACCAGCGGCAGCGCCGCAUAGAGGAGCAGAAGGAAGAGCGGCGGCGUGUGGAGGAGCAACAGCGGCGCGAGCGGGAGCAGCGGAAGCUGCAGGAAAAGGAGCAGCAGCGGCGGUUGGAAGAUAUGCAAGCCCUGCGGCGAGAGGAGGAGAGGCGGCAGGCAGAGCGGGAGCAGGAAUAUAUCCGUCACAGGCUAGAGGAGGAGCAGCGACAGCUCGAGAUCCUUCAGCAACAGCUGCUCCAGGAACAGGCCCUGCUGCUGGAAUACAAGCGGAAGCAGCUAGAGGAGCAGAGGCAGUCGGAGCGGCUCCAGAGACAGCUGCAGCAGGAGCAUGCCUACCUCAAGUCCCUGCAGCAGCAGCAACAACAACAACAGCUCCAGAAGCAGCAGCAACAGAUCCUGCCUGGGGACAGGAAGCCCCUGUAUCAUUAUGGUCGGGGCAUUAAUCCUGCUGACAAGCCAGCAUGGGCCCGAGAGGUGGAAGAGAGAGCAAGGAUGAAUAAGCAGCAGAACUCUCCCUUGGCCAAGACGAAGCCAAGCAGUACAGGGCCAGAGCCCCCCAUCUCCCAGGCCUCUCCUAGCCCCCCAGGACCUCUUUCCCAAACUCCUCCUAUGCAGAGGCCUGUGGAGCCUCAAGAAGGACCGCACAAGAGCCUGGUAGCACACCGGGUCCCACUGAAGCCAUAUGCAGCACCUGUACCCCGAUCCCAGUCCCUGCAGGACCAACCCACUCGAAACCUGGCUGCCUUCCCUGCCUCCCAUGACCCUGACCCUGCUGCUGUUCCCACACCCACCGCCACGCCCAGUGCCCGAGGAGCUGUCAUCCGCCAGAAUUCAGACCCCACCUCGGAAGGGCCUGGCCCGAGCCCAAACCCCCCAUCCUGGGUCCGACCUGAUAACGAGGCUCCACCUAAGGUUCCUCAGAGAACCUCGUCUAUUGCCACUGCCCUUAACACCAGUGGGGCCGGAGGGUCCCGGCCAGCUCAGGCUGUCCGUGCCAGACCUCGCAGCAACUCCGCCUGGCAAAUCUAUCUGCAGAGGCGGGCAGAGCGGGGCACCCCCAAGCCUCCUGGGCCCCCAGCUCAGCCCCCUGGCCCGCCCAACGCCUCUAGUAAUCCCGACCUCAGGAGGAGUGACCCUGGCUGGGAGCGCUCAGACAGUGUCCUCCCGACCUCUCAUGGACACCUCCCUCAGGCUGGCUCACUGGAACGAAACCGAAACCGUGUGGGAGCCUCCACAAAACUGGACAGCUCACCAGUGCUCUCCCCCGGGAACAAAGCCAAGCCUGAAGACCACCGUUCAAGGCCAGGCCGACCUGCAAGCUAUAAGCGAGCAAUUGGUGAGGAUUUUGUGUUGCUCAAAGAGCGGACCCUGGAUGAGGCCCCUAGGCCUCCCAAGAAGGCCAUGGACUACUCCUCCUCCAGUGAGGAGGUGGAGAGCAGUGAAGAUGAGGAUGAGGAAGGCGAUGGGGAGCCGUCAGAGGGGAGCAGAGACACUCCCGGGGGCCGCAGUGAUGGAGAUACGGACAGCGUCAGCACCAUGGUGGUUCAUGAUGUUGAGGAGAUAGCCGGGACCCAGCCCCCAUAUGGGGGAGGCACCAUGGUGGUCCAGCGUACUCCUGAAGAGGAACGAAGCCUGCUGCUUGCUGACAGCAAUGGCUACACAAAUCUGCCCGAUGUGGUCCAGCCCAGCCACUCACCUACUGAGAACAGCAAAGGUCAAAGCCCUCCCACAAAAGAUGGAGGCAGUGAUUACCAGUCUCGAGGGUUGGUAAAGGCCCCUGGGAAGAGCUCUUUCACCAUGUUUGUCGAUCUAGGGAUCUACCAGCCCGGAGGCAGUGGGGACACCAUCCCUAUCACAGCCCUAGUAGGUGGAGAGGGUGGUCGUCUUGACCAGCUGCAGUUCGAUGUGAGGAAAGGCUCUGUGGUCAACGUCAACCCCACCAACACCCGGGCUCAUAGUGAAACUCCCGAGAUUCGGAAGUACAAGAAGCGAUUCAAUUCGGAGAUCCUCUGUGCAGCCCUCUGGGGGGUCAACCUCCUGGUGGGCACAGAGAAUGGGCUGAUGCUGCUGGACCGGAGCGGACAGGGCAAAGUGUAUGGACUCAUUGGGCGGCGGCGCUUCCAGCAAAUGGACGUGCUGGAGGGGCUCAACCUGCUCAUCACCAUCUCAGGGAAAAGGAACAAACUUCGGGUAUAUUACCUGUCCUGGCUGCGGAAUAAGAUUCUGCACAAUGACCCAGAGGUGGAGAAGAAGCAAGGGUGGACCACUGUGGGGGACAUGGAGGGCUGUGGCCACUAUCGUGUUGUGAAAUAUGAGCGUAUUAAGUUCCUGGUCAUUGCCCUGAAGAGCUCUGUGGAGGUGUAUGCCUGGGCUCCCAAACCCUACCACAAAUUUAUGGCCUUCAAGUCCUUUGCUGACCUCCCUCACCGCCCUCUGCUGGUGGACCUGACUGUAGAGGAGGGACAGCGGCUCAAGGUCAUCUAUGGCUCCAGUGCUGGCUUCCAUGCUGUGGAUGUUGACUCUGGGAACAGUUACGACAUCUACAUCCCUGUGCACGUGAGCUUAGCAGGGCUGUGGAGCAAGUGGAACCAGCCCUUCUGGACAUCAGACUUGAGGACCCUACCUCACCCCGUUCUCUCUCCCCAGAUCCAGAGCCAGAUCACGCCCCAUGCCAUCAUCUUCCUCCCCAACACCGACGGCAUGGAGAUGCUGCUGUGCUAUGAAGACGAGGGUGUCUAUGUCAACACCUAUGGGCGGAUCAUCAAGGAUGUGGUGCUGCAGUGGGGAGAGAUGCCCACCUCUGUGGCCUACAUCUGCUCCAACCAGAUAAUGGGCUGGGGUGAAAAAGCCAUUGAGAUCCGCUCCGUGGAGACAGGCCACCUAGAUGGGGUCUUCAUGCACAAACGAGCCCAGAGGCUCAAGUUCCUGUGUGAGCGGAAUGAUAAGGUGUUUUUUGCCUCAGUCCGCUCUGGGGGAAGCAGCCAAGUUUACUUUAUGACUCUGAACCGUAACUGCAUCAUGAACUGGUGAUGAGGCCCUGGGCUGGGCUCCCCAUGGACCCAGCUCUCUCCCUACAGCCAGGCCGCCCAGCCCUGCUCCCCCUCUCCCUUUGGGCUUUUGCUUUUACUGGUUUGAUUCACUGGAGCCUGCUGGGAACGUGACCUCUGAUCCCUGAAGCUUUUGUGAUCACGUGACCAUCCUUUCUCCCAACAUGUUUUCAAAACUGUGCCUGUCCCCAACUUCUGGGGAAUGACACAGCUUCCCCGUACCAGGAAUUGAGUGGGACUUGCCCAUCCCCUUUUCUCCACUUAGGAGGAGAGUGCUUGGGACUUGGACCCCCUUACCCCAUUGCUGCUGACUGAGCAGGGCCCUGUACCCCUUUAUUUGCACGCCAGGGGAGCCGGCUCCCCCCUUGAAUGUACCAGACUCUGGGGGGGGGUCACUGGGCCCUGGGUUCUGCGGGGAGGGUCACCAGCCACUCCAGGGGCAGGGACCAUGUCCUCAUUUUCUGAAAGCACUUUAAUGAUUUCCCCUCCCCCAGGUCCCAGGGAAUGGAGGAGGGACCCCAUAGCCAAAACAUUCCUCCUUCCCAUCCUCCCCUCCCUUCAUGCCCCCUUGCUUGCAUCUGUAUAUAGUGUGAGCAGCAGGUAGCCCUUCCCCCUCCUGUAUCCUUUCUCAAUGUAGUGGCCUUGGAUACCCGUUUGUUAAUAAAGACGAUUCUACCAGCUCCCA